AUGUCCCACGCCCUCUCAAUAAACAUCUACGCUCGCGGCGACGCCACUCUCGGCGACGGGCCCUCGCACAUGGGCAUCGUCCUAUCGCGGAUAAGUAACCUGUUGACGGAUUUCGGGGAUGAUAUGGCUAAUAUCCCCGAAUUCGAAGUCGGUAAUUGCCAGGACUGGGUCGCUGGAGCUGUCUCCAUGCUUGAGGAUGCUGGUGUUGUUGGGGAAGGGGAAGGGGCGUUUUGGAGGGGUAUGGUUAAUAGGAGUGCGGAUGGGAUGGAGGAGGCUUGUCGAGGAAGUGGGAGGUUUUGGAUUCUGGCUCCGGAGAGUAGUUUUGAGGGGAUUCCGGAUGCGAGUUUCAAUGACAAAGAGGUGAGGAGUGUUGAGAAGUUGGUGGGGAAUGAGGCGUUUUUUAAAAUGCAGGCGCUUAUUGGGACGGGGACUAGUACGGAGACUUUGUCUAGUGAGAAGGGUGCUAGGAAGAGGCCGUUUUAUGUAUCGAGUCCGUUUUUCAAUCAGAUGGGUGGGAAGAAGGAUUGA